AUGUCGACGAUUGUUCAGAACCCUAAGACGAAGUCUUUGGAGACUAGACUGUUCAUCAAUGGAAAAUUCGUUGACGCAUCUGAUGGGGGUAAAUUCGACUUGAUUUCCCCUAGUACCGGCGAGAAAUUUGUUGAGGUCUCCGAAGCAACCGAACAAGACACCAAUGCGGCCGUUGCUGCCGCUAAAGCUGCGUUCCCGGCUUGGUCUGCUCUAAGCCCACAGCAGAGGGGAGUUUACUUCAAGAAGCUAGCUGCCCUCAUCAGGGAAUCUCACGAUGAACUCGCCGAGCUCGAAGCAUUAUCAAUGGGCCGUCCUGUCUCAGCUUACUUUGAAUCCUUUGUGGCGGCCCAGACCCUGGACCAUUUUUCCGAGGCGGGGUAUCAGGCUAUGGGUACAUCGAGUUUGAAUAGUAAUGGAUAUGUUAAUAUGACGAUGAGACAGCCUUAUGGGGUUGUUGGAGCUAUUAUUCCUUGGAAUGUGCCCGUUGGGUUCUUGAUCAACAAGUCUGCUCCGGCUUUGAUAGCAGGGAACACAAUCGUUGUGAAGAGCAGUGAGAAGGCUCCAUUGACUUCUGCAAAAGUGGCUACACUGAUCGAGAAGGUCGGCUUCCCACCUGGAGUCUUCAACAUCAUCUCAGGCCAUGGUCCUGUCUCUGGAAGCGUACUAUCUCACCAUAUGGACGUUCGUGUCUUGAGCUUCACAGGUUCAAGCAGAACCGGACGCCUAAUUCAAGAGGCAGCCGCCAAGUCUAAUCUGAAGAAUAUCCUCCUCGAAUUAGGCGGCAAAUCGCCCGCCAUUAUCUUCCCAGACUGCAAUAUCGACAAGGCCGUUAGGCAGACUAAAUUCUCCAUCCAGUUCAAUAGCGGCCAAACUUGCAUGGGGAACUCCAGAAUCUAUGUGCAUGAAGCGAUUGCGGAUACCUUUCUUGAAAAAUUCCACAAGGCCUUUGUUGUUGAGAGUGGCGACCCAUUGUUACCGGGCACAAAUCAUGGUCCGCAGGCAGACGUGCUUCAGUACAACCAGGUCCAGAAGUAUAUCGAGGAAGGGAAGAAGGUGGCUAAGAUGACGCUUGGAGAGGUUCCAAUAGGACACAAGAAUGGAUUCUUUGUCCAACCAACUGUGUUCGUUAAUACGCCAGAGGACGCUAAGAUCAUGAAAGAGGAGAUUUUCGGGCCAGUUGUCUGCAUCAAUACGUUCUCCAGCGAGGAUGAGGUUAUCGCCAAGGCGAACGAUACCGAGUAUGGUCUUUAUGCUGCAGUCUACACCAAGGACAUCUCCCGGGCCCUUAGAAUGGCUAAGAAGCUGGAGGCCGGUAGUGUUGGUGUCAACUGCACAAGCCCAACUAAUUUCCCGGAUAUGCCUUUUGGUGGAUACAAGGCAAGUGGAAUCGGACGCGAGGGAUGGAAUGAAUGCCUGGACCAUUUCCUGGAGACAAAGGCUGUCAUGAUUGAAGUGGAUGAUGAAUAG